AUGGAAGAAAUCGAAGCAGUCCAUGAAAAUAGUCAGCACAAAAAAGAAGAUGAACCGAAACCAAGAUAUUUCACAAACGAAGAAAACAUUCAAAUGUGGGAGUUCGUAUAUCGUUUCGUUUUCGAUCCGAAAGAAGGUAUCGUUGAGAAAAUUCGUGAGCCAACUCCACAUACGCUCAAGUUCUGGCAGAAAUAUAUCGAUGAAACAGGCUCGAAAAGAAAUGUUGGAUCACUACAAUCUCGAUACCCAAAGUUGAUCAAGACAUUGCAUAAAAUGCCGUUCGGAACUGAGAUGAAAUUGAAUCUUUCUUAUUCAUUAGACCUCCCUCUCGAAGAAGAGUUUCUGAAAACUGCUAAAGAAGAAGCAUUCAUUUGGAUGGAUGAAAACAAAAACGUCGAAGCGUUUGAAAUGAAAACCGAAGAACAGUUACAAAAGGAACGCGAGGCCGAGCAGUUGAGACAACAGCUUCUUCAAGAAAAACAACAAUCCGCUCAAAAAAAGAAGACUCCCACAAAGCGUCGAUCAUCAAUCGCAAAAAAUGUCACAGCAACUCCUACUAUUCCAGCGACUCCGUCUGCCAAGAGAGUCAAAACUAUGUUCAGUAAGGAGCAAGACGUCGAUAUUUGGAAGUUUUUGUUCGGAAAAAUCUUCGAUUCCAAAACGGACAAAGUCCAAAAACUUCAAAUAAAGGGUUCAUCGAGAGCAUUGUGGAAGGAAUAUUUGGGUGCUGAAGCUGACUCAAAAGCUGUAUCAUCUUAUUGCUCCCACUACCAAACAAUAAUCAGACAUCUCCAUUCGAUGCCCUUCGACAUGCGCAUGAAAGCUGAUCUCUACUAUGCAUUGCAUAUCCCUGUUAAUUCUGAAUUUCUCGCAUUACUCAAACUAAAAACAGAAGUAAAAAUGGACGAGGACGGAUGCAUUGUUGAGUACAACUCUGAAGAUCUCAAAGAAAAACUGUACUGCCAAGCAGAUUCCGAACAAAAAUUAGAUCCUGGAACCGAUUCGGAGAGUGAUGUCCAUGACGACGUAGAUGGUUUUUCUGCUGAUCUUGAAGAAGUUUAUGAAAGACGCCAUGUGUAUUGA